GAGUGUGUUUGUGUGCAUGUGUAAAAAAACAUAGUUUCGUUUUUUUUUUUUUUUUUUUUGCAUAUACAUAUAGGUAGAUAUGGGAAUGGAUAAAUGAGUGGUAUUGUAGACGAUAACGAGCUUGGAGUUGUUAAGGGGCCAUUGUACGAACGUAGAGUAGCACAGUUAAUUGUUUUGUAUUAAAGGGAGAUAAAAUGUGGCGUCGACUAUAGCAUCGCAAAUGAUAAAAUUGCACGAAGAAAAAAGUAGAAUAAAAGAAGAGAGCAUACUUACUAACGAUGAAGCAGUCAGGAUAUCUCGGUCAAAGUAAUCUUACAAAAUCAACUGUUGUAAUCAUGUUGUUGUCGUGGGGGUUGAACCGGCACUACAAUAACAAUCAUCAUAUCAUAUCACUUGAACAGCAUAAACAUGAUUAAAGGACAUGCGCUCACUUGGCUCACUUAAACUUUAAACCCCUUAACAAUAUUGAGAAGGCAAGAGCAGAGAGUAUUAUAAUGUUGUUUGUAAACAUUGCAACAUUGUUGCAUGAACAGUGGUGAAAUGUAAUAAAGAAUGCAGCCAAGUGAAAGUAAAUAUAUUUUGCUCCCUUUCCUACAUGGAGUUAGUAAAUCGCAUUGGUGACCGCCUGCUUAUCAAACUGUUUACAGGGAUACAAUGUUAGUUAGUUUACUCUCGCUCUCGCUGGUCAUUGCGACCGAGGGUAUGCAAUUGUUUUGGGCAAAGGAUUAAUACACAGAUACCAGCAACACCAGGAAUAUAAAUGUUAAUACAAUGAAGUAUAAUGAGAUGGAAAAAUAAUAAGUUAUUAAUUAAUGUACUAUGAAAUAAAUUGCAUUUACAUACAUACUCCAGUAACAACCACCUGAAGACCAAUAACUUACAUGAUAAUGGAAAUGCUUUAUAUUGUAUAUUAAAUACAACGUUGUAGGAAAUUUUAUUGACCUCGAAAAUCAAUACCUUUAAUAUAAUUUAAAAACGCUAUAAAUAAAAAAAAAAAAAAAAAAAGAAAAGAAAAUUCAAUAAUAAUAAUAAGUAAAUUAAACAGUAAAUAAAGAAACGAAAAGUUAUAAAAAAAAAAAGCAUUUGUCUCUCAGGAUUUAUUUAAACUUGUAGAAAUGGAAAACGUUCCAAUGAAUUAAUAUAAUGUAAUAUUAAAAAAAAAAAAUAAAUAAAUAAAUAAAUACCUGACAGCUACACUUAAAGCAAAUAUAACAACAACAGCAACAGUAACGGUAAACACCUCAGAACAACAACUCAAUUUAAGCUUUUUAAAGAAAAGAAGAAAUAAUUAAAGAAAAAAAGUGUUUAUGGAUUUACCUUAAUUAGUCGUUGAGGAAAAGGUUUCAUUUGGUUAUAAUAAUAUCAAAAACUGGAAAAAGAAAGCAAGAAAAAUAUCCAAUCAAUUCAUAAAUUUAUUAAAAAAAAAGAAAAAACGAAAAAAAUUCAAUAAAAUUAAAAUAGCAAAAGUCAUGCCAACAAUUUAUCAAUAUUAAUGCAAAGUAGUUACGACGAACAUGUAUAAAAAAAACAAAAACGAAAAAGAGGAGAAAAAAAUGUAUACAAAAUACCAACAACAACAACAUCAAGAUAUCCAGAACAACUCGAAGCAUACAAAAUAUAACAAUUUGUUGACAAUGUCUUCUGUUAUACAUACAAAUGGUGGUGUCGGUGGUUGUUUAGCCAGCAGCAAAGAUAAUAUGAACUGCAGUCAUAAUAUCAACAACAAUAACAAUAAUCAAAACAGUAGUUAUAGCUGCAGUAAUAAUACAAUAACAACAACAACACCAACAACAACAACAACAGCAGCAGCAGCAUCAACAUUUACUACCUUAACACAAUGUGCCACAGCUAUCAAUAAUUGCUCUGCUACUCUCAGCAAUAACAACUCUCGACUUCCAUUUACUUCGACAAAUCUCUUUCAGUUGCUUUGCCUUGUAACUGUAUGCACGAUGUGUUACUAUAACUCGACACAAGGUGCUCUGGUUUUCGAUGAUAUUAGUGCUAUACGUGACAACAAGGAUUUGCGUCCCUCCACGCCGCUAGGGCAAAUUUUUCUCAAUGAUUUUUGGGGUACACCAAUGCGCAAGGAACAAUCUCACAAGUCCUAUCGUCCGUUAACAGUGCUAACAUUUCGUUUAAAUUACUGGCUGCACGAAUUACAACCGUAUGGCUAUCAUGUUGUCAAUGUCAUUCUGCACACGGCUGUGUGCGUACUUUGGCGUCGUGUUAGCCGGCUUCUAGUAAUGCAUUGCACGCUUUCCGAUAAAUUAGCUCAGCGUUGUUCUUUUCUUAGCUCUCUUUUAUUUGCCGUCCAUCCGAUACACACUGAGGCUGUUACUGGUGUCGUUGGACGUGCUGAAUUGUUGUCUUCGCUCUUUUUCUUAUGCGCAUUUAUUUCCUAUGUUCGCUCAGUUAACAUCGGCUUUUUUCCGUCUGUUAGCAGAAAAUCUGCACAAAAGAUUAUGAAAACUAGCUGGUUUUCAUUAUUCAUAGUUUUCGGCGGCUGUUUACUUGCUUCCAUGCUCUGUAAAGAGCAGGGCAUAACAAUUGCUGGCAUUUGCGUAGCUUAUGAACUAUUCGUUGUGCAAAGUGUAUAUCCGAUGCAAUUAUGGCAUUCAUUGCUAAAUCUCUUUGAGGAAAAACGUUUAAUCAACGGCAGUGAUAGCAGUAAUUCGUCACCGACUAAUAAAGCGAACGGCAAUCAAGACAAUUCGGGUACACCGACAACAUCUGUUGCGUCAACAGCAUUUUAUUAUCCAUCUCCUCGUGCAGCCGUAUGGUCAAGUUGCUUAUUGAAACGAUUGGGUUUUUUGAUUCUUAUUACUGUGGCUUUGCUUGUCGGUCGAGUAUACGUAAUGGGCUCUCAGUUGCCCGUAUUUACACGCUUCGAUAAUCCUGCCUCCGCUGCUGAAACACCCGUACGUCAACUUACCUUUAGCUACCUCAUCUAUUUGAAUAUCUGGCUGUUGCUAUUUCCGUGUAACUUAUGCUGUGACUGGACGAUGGGAACUGUCCCUUUGAUUGACGGCUUAAUGGAUUUGCGCAAUGUUUUCACAUUAUUGACGUUCGCCUUUUUGGCUGCUAUGGUAUUUCAUGCUUGCUUUUCGCAAAAUUUUCAACAUUCACGAAUGCUGUUAAUGUGUAUGGCUUGGUCCAUUUUACCAUUUCUGCCAGCAUCGAAUCUAUUCUUUCCGGUUGGAUUUGUUGUGGCAGAACGCAUUCUGUAUAUGCCUUCGAUGGGAUUUAGUUUGUUGGUGGCUUAUGGUUACGAACGUUUAAACCGAAAGGUUCGUGUUCAUGGCAACGUAUGGCAAAGCUUGUUAAAAGCGUCUUUAGUCGCAUUAAUUUUAUCGCACGCUGCCCGCACUCAUCAGCGAAAUGCUGACUGGAGAAAUGAGUACACAUUGUUCAUGAGCGGCGUUCAUGUUAACGAUCGCAAUGCCAAACUGUUUAAUAAUGUUGGUCAUGCUCUAGAGAAUGAAGGACGUUUCGAUGAAGCUUUGGCCUAUUUUCAACAAGCUGUUAAUAUACAACCCGAUGAUAUUGGAGCUCAUAUUAAUGUUGGACGGACUUAUAACAAUUUAAAGUAUUAUGCUAAAGCAGAGGCAGCUUAUUUAAAAGCCAAGUCAUUAUUUCCGCGCAUAAAGCCGGGUGAAAGCUAUCAGGCCCGCAUUGCCCCUAAUCAUUUGAAUGUAUUUAUUAACUUGGCUAAUUUAAUAGCACGCAAUCAGACUCGCCUUGAAGAAGCUGAUUAUUUAUAUCGACAAGCAAUUAGCAUGAGAGCUGAUUAUGUCCAGGCUUAUAUUAAUCGGGGCGAUAUUCUUAUGAAAUUAAAUAGAACAAUACAAGCUCAAGAGGUAUACGAGAAAGCCUUAUUAUAUGAUAGCGAAAACGCGGAUAUUUACUACAAUUUAGGGGUCGUCUUUUUGGAACAGGGUAAAAGUGCCCAAGCAAAUGUUUAUUUCAAUAAAGCUUUAGAAUUAUAUCCAGAACAUGAGCAAGCUUUGAUUAAUUCUGCAAUUUUGUUGCAAGAAAUUGGUGGAUCUGAAGCUCGACAGUUGUCGAGAGAGCGCCUACUCAAAGUUUUAUCGAAAAGUGGUGACAAUGAAAAAGUUUUCUUCAAUUUGGGAAUGUUGGCCAUGGACGAUAUGGAUUUUGAGGCGGCUGAACAUUAUUUUAAGAGGGCGAUACACCUUAAGGUGAAUUUUCGUAGCGCACUCUUCAAUUUAGCUUUGUUGUUAGCCGACACGAAUCGUCCAUUGGAAGCGGUACCAUUCUUAAAUGAACUCAUACGCCAUCAUUCUGACCAUGUUAAAGGUCUUCUGUUGCUGGGUGAUAUCUACAUAAAUCAUAUGAAAGAUUUGGAUGCUGCCGAAACUUGUUACCGUUCUAUACUCAAAUACGAACCACAGAAUACCCAGGGCCUCCACAAUUUAUGCGUAGUGUUUGUGGAGCGCAAACAUUUAGCCAAAGCUCAAACGUGUUUACGUUAUGCUCAUCGCUUAGCACCAAACGAAGAAUACAUUUUACGGCAUUUGCAGAUUGUCGAGACUCGUCUUCAGAAAAUUUCCAAGUUACCUGAUAACUCACCUGAGAAACUAUUAGCCUUUGUCCAUAAUCCUAGAGAAUAUCCAAUGCCAUCGCCAAUCGAUCAACAAGACCGAUUUGGAUUAUCAUCCACUUCAUUUCCUACUCUUAAUCAAUCAAAAUCACCCACCACAAUACAUAAUUCAUAGCAUUACAUUAAAUAAGUCAAACGUUACAUACACGCAUUAAAUUAGUUUUUAUUAUCCUACAAUAAUUAAUAUUCUAUUGCAUGUUCCAUCUCAUCGUCCGUAUUUAAAAAAUUGUGUGUUGUAAUGCUGUGAAAAUCUUUACUCAUCCUCGUGUUUUAGUUUACGUAGUCUAUCUCAAAAUUUCCCGGACUUGUCCGAAAAAGUUGGGGAAUAUGUUUGUGCAUGUCUAGAUGAGCAGUCGCUCAAACGUGCAGUUGUUGUUUGAUAAUCAUUCUACUAAAUGAGUAUUAUUUUAGCUUUCGAAAGGCUAUAGAAAUUAAAGGCAAGUUGGACGCUAUUUACGGAAACAUGGCAUCUUGAUUUGUCGCCCUGAAAUUUUGUCUGAUAUUUCAGCGGUGCCAGCUAUGAACUAAAACUUUGCCUAUUGACUAACAUAUCGCUCAAGUUCGUCAAAUUAUGCUGGACGAUUGUCGAGUUAAGGUUAGAGACAUAGCACAGGUAGUGGACAUAUUCAGGCAGAAGGCAAAUACAUUUUGAUUUUGUAUUUGAAUUUGGGCAAGAGAGCGUUAACGGGAUGUUGGGAUGCCAUGUUUACUCUCUACGAAACAAAAACAUCGAGUCACAAGUCGAUGGCCCGAAGGACAGAAUUGCAUAAUAAAAAUUUAGGAAAACGACUACAUUCACGACGAUAUUACCAUUUAUUGGCACUGGCUGCCUAAAAAUAUAUGUUCUACUCUUGCUAGCUGGAUGAUUUAACAAAUACGAAAUAUAAGAAAAACAGUGACUUAAUAAAUUUGUUUUUGGUCCGAUCACAAUUUCGUCAAGAUAAUCUCUUCGAACGAAAGCCAACACUUUACUUCAUUUUUGUUUUCAGCACUUGAAGCAUAUCGUCCAUUUUUGUCUCGUGAGUGCUUCGCCUGUUCAGCCUAUUCUAUGCAUUGUUCGAGGCUCAAAACACACUUUGUUUGUAAAUUGUGCACGUUGGUCUAGUUAUUCAUAGUUCUAUUGUAAAUGAGAGGACAUUAAUUGAUGAAGGAAAGUGAGUGGAGUAAGUUAAUGUUUGAUAGAUAUUAUUCUUCAUUGUGUUUCGAUUUACUUGUGACUAAUAAGGUUUCAAUGAAAAGAACACAGCAAAGGCUUAGUUAAAAAGUUUUCGGAACGUAAAUGUGACAUCAAUUUUUUGGCAUGUUUUCCCAACAGUUGUUCUCCAUUCGAUAAAUUUGUUGCAUGAUUAGAUUUGUUGGAACCCCUGAAAAUAUUCAUGUAUAGCCCCUAGUUACACCCUACGCGAAUAUAUGCGACAUUCAAAAGAAUUUCAGAUAGAUUUGCUUCCUAAUACAAAAAUCGAUUCGAAAAAACAUUUUGUUGAAUUGAUUUCAGUCUGUUUUAAGUCAUAAGCAACUUCCUAUGUUCGUAUUUACCCACUAUAAGUCACCGAAACAAAUGAGUUUUUCUGUUCACUAUAUAAAUGGAAUCCUCAGUUAAUCUUCGAUCGAAUGUUUUAUGUGGUGCCUGUUACAUUCAGCUGUUUUUCUUAAACUCUGAAAUAGAGAGACAAAAAAUGCAUAUGCAGCAUCUAAUGUUUUGGGAAUUUAAAUGGAAGGCAAUACCGCUAAGGCGAGAACUGAAAAAAUAUGUAGAGUAUAAAAAGUUAUCGCAAUACUGAUGGCAACAAGAAAUUAUGUUUGAUGUUCUAUAAAGAAGUUGGACCAAGUAUUGUAAUGUAUUUGCUGGCCGCCGGUAAGGCUGUUUUGAGAAGUGCUUGUUAAGUAAAAUAUGCGCUCAGCGACAAUUAAAAGCCUAGGAAGGAUCGGUUAAUGAGCUGAAUAUCUAUUGAAAUGAUUUUUACAGCAUUAUAAAAUUUUAUUGUUCACUAAAUAAAACCUUAGAUUUGUUUCGCUCUCAAUGAUAUAUAUACAUAUAUAUAUAUAUAUAUAUAUAUAAAUGUACUUACUUGCCCAUC